AGAGGUCUGAGAUGGUCUGAGAAGGUCUGCAGGGUUUAGGUCUGACGGUCCUGCGGGUUUAAAGUGUUCAAAAGUCCGGAGAGUUUAAGAGUCUGGAGAGUUUAGGAGGAGAGACUCGCAGGUUGCGAUAGGUGUGAAGUUUUGUCCGGUUUCCAGGUUCUUGCAGUUCUUCUCGUGUCUCUUGAGGAUCAGAUCGGAGAUCAGCAGUAUGUUGGAGCUUCAGCUGUCGGUGUUGCUCGUUCUGCAGGUGUUUAUCUACGCUCAGGAUGUGGGGGACCAGUAUGAUCUCAACCUCCCGGAGUUCAGUGACGUGUGCACAGAGGGCAGCUGUUACCCAGCAACAGGAGACCUUCUGAUUGGCCGAGCCCACCAACUGUCAUCCACUUCCACCUGUGGAAUGAACCAACCUGAACCAUUCUGCAUCGUCAGCCACCUGCAGGAGGAGAAGAAGUGUUUCUUGUGUGACUCUUCGACGCCGUAUGACAAGUUGAGCAGUCCGACCAGCGGUCAUCGCGUCGAGAACGUCGUCACCACGUUUGCUCCCAACAGACUCAAAACCUGGUGGCAGUCUGAGAACGGUGAGAGGUCACAGUCAUGUAACGGGGUCGACCUCCAUCUGAUUUACUCAUUACAGAUCAGAAGAUGUAAACUUUAUUAAACAUCUGGUCAAAAACAAAUAGCCUCUUUUUAGUCCAGAAAGUUGAAGAACCUCCAGGCUAAAGUUGACCUGUGUCGCUCCGCUGGUCCAAACAUCUUUGAGUUCCAUUUUACGCUCAGUCUCAGGUGGGCUGCAUUUAACCGAGCUGCUAAUCAAUAAACCGUCACCUAUGUUUUCUCCAGAUCAUCCUGGAAAUCCAAUACAGCCUAUGAGCUUGUGUAACGCGUAUAAUAUUAUAUACUAGGGGAUAGUAUAUACUACUAUAAUAGGGAGGAUGUGCUUAGAUUUGUAUAUCAGCUUGAACUAUACUAUUACUCUGCUUAUUAUGGUCACAUUGGGCCUGCUCAAGGAAAUCAGAUGGCUGCACCUGGAUUGGUCUGUUUAUGUCCAUCCAUCCAUUUUCCUCUGCUUAUCCGGGGUCGGGU